AUCUCCUCCUCCUGGACAACCUCACCCCUGAGUUUAAAUCAGUAUCAGAAUUUACAGCCGCAAUCUCAAGGGAUUCAACUUCAACUUGAGAAAGAAACCCCGUCGGCUUGAGUCUGGUGCCACCCCACACAAAGUUCCUUAAAUCUGCCUCCUGCGCCUUCAGUAAUUAGGGUUGGCUUUGGCAGAAAUUAGCAGCCGCUGAAAGCUUGAUAGAGAGGAAGACGAUAUCAAGAUGGGACACUCCAACAUCUGGAAUUCUCACCCUAAGAACUACGGCCCUGGCUCUCGCACCUGCCGUGUGUGUGGAAACUCCCGUGGUAUUAUCAGAAGGUAUGGCCUGAUGUGCUGCAGACAAUGCUUCCGCAGCAAUGCUAAGGAGAUUGGAUUCAUUAAUAAGUAUCGUUGAAGGAAAAGGUCGUUGCCUCCUUGCUAGUGGAUUUUGUUAAGCAAGCUGCCGUUAGAGAUAAAUGGAUCCCAAGUUGUUAUUUGCUUUGUAUUUUGAACAAUUUUGGCUGUUCUAAUUUGUCAUU